AUGCAGCUUGCCGUCAACCACCUAAGCCACUUCCUGCUUACGAAUUUGUUGAUGCCUAAAAUUUUGGCCGCUGAACACCCUCGGGUUGUGAAUCUCAGCAGCUAUGGCCACCGCAUGUCUGCUUUCCGUUUUGAUGACCCCCUCUGGUCUGGCGGAGCGACCUAUGACCGCCUCUAUGCCUAUGCACAAAGAAAACUACCAACAUACUCUUUUCAUGUCGCUACAAAGCUUGCAAGGCAUAUAGAUUCGGAAGGGUGGAAGACUAGGCUUAAGUACUUUUCCAAACAUAGUAUUACCCGUCCUGAACGUAAGUUUCCUGAGCAAGGCGCUGGGGCCCCAUUACGUGCGUUGCUGGAUCCUAGUUUGGUUACCGAAGCAGGGGUGUAUUUGACCGAUACCGAGCUUACAACUAAUGCAGAGGUAAUCAAGCCAUAUGCAACCGUUCCCGAGGAUGCCGAGAGGCUGUGGAGAUUCUCGGAAGAAGUGGUUGGCCAGAGCUUCACUUAUUAG